AUGAGGUCCCCAAGUGCCCUUCCCAUCCUGCUGCUCCUCCUCCUGCAGCUCACAGCUUGGGUGUCUGCAGCACCGAGCUAUGUGGUCACCUGCCCAGCUGUCCUCUACCACCCCCACACCACGACCCUGUGGGUCCAUCUCAGUGGCCUGCACGAGCCUGUCCAGGUGACCAUCCAGCUGCAGAGAGCAGAUGAGCCCCAGAGCAUCACCCUGCUGGACAGGGAGGUGCAGGAGCCUCGGCUGCACCUCAACAUCACCUUCCCUGCUCCAGCCCCUGCCAGAGGGGAGGAGGAGUUGGCAGAGCUGCAGGUGGCAAUCCAGGGAGAGUCCCUCCAGGUCUCUGAGAAGAAGAAAGUGAUGCUGAAAGCUUUGCAGCCUGGCAUCUUCAUCCAGACAGACAAGGCUGUCUACAAGCCUGGGCAGCAAGUGAAGUUCCGAGUGGUGUCCUUUGAUCAAGACUUGGUUGCCAGCAAUGAGAAGCUUCCCCUUGUGCUCCUCAAGGACCCCAGUGGGAACCGCAUCGCGCAGUGGCAGGAUGUGACCCCCCAGCAGGGCAUCGUGGACCUGUCCCUGCCCCUGGCUGCUGAGCCAGCCCUGGGCACCUACACCAUCGAGGUGGAGGGGAAGACUCAGUCCUUCAGCGUGGAGGAAUAUGUGCUGCCCAAGUUUGAGAUGAGCAUUGGCCUCCCCCCCGUGGUGCUGGAGAAGGAUGAGAAGUUCCAGAUGGAGAUCUGUGGACGGUACACCUAUGGGAAGCCUGUCCAGGGGAAGGUCCAGGCCAGCUUAUGCAAACCCUUCAGGCACAUCAGUUUCAUGUCCAGACCUGCUCCAAAAGAGAAGAACUGCGUCGAGGUCAGGGGGCAGACUGAGAGGAACGGCUGCUUUUCCACAGAGCUCCCCUUGGCUGCCUUCAACAUCACCAGCUCCUUCCAUAUGAAUCCAAUCCAAGUCCAGGCGUCGCUGGUAGAGAAUGAGACAGGGCUGGAGGUGAAAGGCACCAAGAGCUUCAAGAUUGUCCCCGAAAGCUUCACCGUCACCUUCCAAGACACCGAUGGUUUCUACAGGCCUGGCAUCCCCUACACUGGCAUGAUGCUGCUGAGGGGAGCUGCCGGCGCCGCGCUGCCGCAGAAGCAGCUCCUGCUCAUCGUGAGCCAGCAAGGAGAGGAGGUGAGGCAGACCCUCCUGACAGACUCCUCAGGGAGAGCCUCCUUCGAGUUGGACACCUCUGAUUGGAGUGGCACAGUCUCCUUGGAAGGCCAAGUCAAGGAGCCAUCUGACAGUGAGAAGGAUGUCUUGGCACCCCUCUAUCACAGAGCCCACUGGAGGGUCAGCCCUUUCUUCUCAGUCAGCAAGAGCUUCCUGCAGCUGCGCCAUGGGCAGAGCGAGUCAGCCUGUUGCCAGCCCCAGCAGCUCUGGGUGGACCUCAUUGUCAGCAAGGAGGCCCUGGGGACUGAGCAGGACAGCCUGGAUGUGGUCUUCCUGGUCCUGGCCAAGGGGACCAUUGCCACUGUCCUCAGGAGAGAGCUGCCUGCAGAGCCUGGGCUGAGAAGCUUCUCCCUGGAGGUGCCCAUCAGCCACAAGCUGGCACCCGAGGCCAAGGUUCUGGCCUAUGCUGUGCUGCCCAACGGCGAGAUGGUGUCUGACAGCAUCGAGCUGCAGGUCACCAACAGCCUCCCCAGCAAGGUGAAGAUGACUUUUUCAGAGGCCAGGGCUCUGCCUGGCUCGGUGCUGCAGCUGCAGCUGGAGGCUGCCCCUGGCUCCCUGUGUGCCCUCCGUGCCCUGGACCGCAGUGUGCAGCUCUUGAGGCCCCAGGCUGAGCUCAGUGAAGAGCUGAUCUACAAAGCACUCCCUGAAUUCAACUACCCUGAAAGGGUCCAGGAGCCACCACGCUGCCCAUCAUUUUCCUGGGACAAAUCCCAGAUGGAGACCUACAAAUUAUUCCAGGAUGCAGUGCUGAAGCUCUUCACCAAUGCCAGGACUGGUGAUGACUGCAAGGAGAGGAACUUUGGCUUGCCUGGGCUCCCAGGUCCCAGAGGUGACCUCAUCCAAAGGAAUAUUUGGCUGGCAGGUGCUGCCCCAGAAGUAAGGAAAAAUGUUAUCCCAGACCAUGCUGUCCCUGAAGAGCCUCCAGCAGCCCGGACCUACUUCCCAGAGACGUGGCUGUGGGACCUGGUCCCUGUGGGGGAGAGUGGCUCUGCGGAGAUGGCAGUGACAGUGCCUGACACCAUCACCAGCUGGGAAGCUGGGAUGUUCUGCACAUCUCCCCUGGGCUUGGGGCUGGCCCCUGCCACCACCCUGACCACCUUCAAGCCCUUCUUCGUGGAGCUGGCACUGCCCUACUCCGUGGUGCGCCACGAAGCCUUCACCCUGGCAGCCACCGUCUUCAACUACCUGCAGCAGUGCCUGCGGGUCCGGGUGAGGCUGGAGGAGUCGCUGGAGCUGAAGCUGUCUGCGACAGCAGCCAAGGAGCACAGCAGCUGUGUGUGUGCAGAAGAGGCCAGGACCUUCCACUGGGAUGUGCAAGCCACCAGCCUGGGGGAGGUGAACAUCACCGUCAGCACCGAGGCCCUCAGCUCUGCAGAGCUCUGUGGCAAUGAGCUGCCUGUGGUGCCAGCCCAGGGUGCUGUGGACACUGUGAUAAAGCCUUUGCUGGUGCAGCCCGGGGGGAUCCUGGUGGAGAAGGCACACAACUCCCUGCUCUGCCAGGAAGCCACUGAAGAAAUCUCCCUGGAGGUUCCUGCAGAUGCCUUGGAAGGCUCCCAGCGAGCCCACGUCACGGUGAUGGGUGACAUCAUGGGCAACGCUGUGCAGAACCUGGACCGCCUGCUGGCCAUGCCCCAUGGCUGUGGGGAGCAGAACAUGGUGCACUUUGCCCCCAACAUCUACAUCCAGCAGUACCUGGAGAAGACUGAGCAGCUGCACCCCGACCUCCGUGCCAAGGCCCAGAGCUUCCUGCAGCGCGGGUACCAGCGAGAGCUGCUCUACAAACACAGUGAUGGCUCCUACAGUGCCUUUGGGGAGAGUGAUGAGGAAGGCAACACCUGGCUGACGGCUUUUGUCCUCAAGUCCUUCGGGCAAGCCCGAGGCUAUGUGGCCAUCGAGGAGCAGCACAUCCGGGAGGCGCUGCGCUGGCUGCAGGAGAAGCAGCAGCCGGGGGGCUGCUUCCGCAGCGUGGGGAAGCUCUUCAACAACGCUCUGCAGGGCGGUGUCUCGGACGAGCUCUCGCUGUCAGCUUAUGUCACUGCUGCCAUGCUGGAGCUGGGGCUGUCCCCAACGGACCCGACGGUGAGCUCAGCCCUGCGGUGCCUGGAGGCCUCGGCUACUGAUGACCUCUACACACAGGCGCUGCUCGCCUACGUCCUGGGGCUGGCAGGGCGCUGGGAGCAGCAGCAAGCCCAGCUGAGGAGCCUGGCCCAACACAGCAUCAGUGCAGAGGGGCAGCUCCACUGGCAGAGGAAGGGGAAGGCUGUGCCCUCCUCGCAGCCCUCUUGGGCUGCUGCUGCCCCAGCAGAGGUGGAGAUGACAGCUUACGUCCUCCUGGCCUACCUCACCCAGCCCCAGGUGUCCUCUGCUGACCUGGGCACCGCUUCCCACAUCGUCCGCUGGCUCAGCAGGCAGCAGAACCCCUAUGGGGGCUUUGCCUCCACACAGGACACAGUGGUGGCCCUGCAAGCCCUGGCCAAGUACGCUGCCCUGACCUACGGUGACAACGGGGACUUCGUGGUGACAGUGACAUCCCCGACGGGCACCGCGCAGCACUUUGAGCUGCACCACAGCACCAGACUGCUGCUGCAGCAGGCGGCUCUGCACCAGCUGCCAGGGACCUACGGGGUGCGAGCCCGCGGGCAGGGCUGUGCCCUGCUGCAGGUGACCCUCAGGUACAAUGUGCCACCCCCUCCCAGCACGGGGAAGUUCGACCUCGGCGUGGAGAUAAAGCCCAGGAUGUGCAGGAGGGAUGCCCACGCCCGCUUCCGCCUGCUCCUGCGGGCACGAUACACCGGGGAGCGUCCCACCACCAACAUGGCUGUGAUUGAGGCCAAGCUGCCAUCUGGCUACAUCCCAGACAAGAAGUCGGUGGUGGAGCUGAGGAGGCAGAAGCUGGUGAAGAAAGUGGAGGUGCAGCCUGAGCAGGUGACGAUUUACCUGGACCAGCUAACUAAGGAGAAGGAGAUCUUUACCUUCAUUGCCAAGCAGGACUUCCCAGUGAGGAACCUGCAGCCAGCCACCGUGACCCUGUAUGACUACUAUGAGACAGGUGACCGUGUGGAUGUUGCCUACAGUGCUCCUUGCAGCGCAGGUAGGGGCUGA